GCUCACCUCACGUGGAGCCUCUCUAUAUCAUCUCAACCACUUCCAUUGCUAGAUACACAGCACGCUCUUUCACGAUUCACUCUUCACUCUCGGCACAGGGCUUCUGAUGAAUCUUGUGCAUGUGUCUCCAGGCAAGGCGAUGAGGUAGCGGGCAAUACACAACGCCUGGAAAGAACCCACAGUCGGAGCGGGGCUGUUCACCAGCUAUGGAUGUCCUUCAAGUGGAACUGGCCAAGCUGCGGAGGGAUGCCAACCUCACGCAGAGUAUCCAGGAUGUCGACAGGAUUAUUGAGCAGCUUGAGGCUGCUAGGGAGUCGAUAGUAGCAGAUCCAAACUCGGCCUCAAUCAUCCUUGCUAAGCUCCAGAACCCCCUCAAGAGUGGUUUCGAUAAAGUCAACGAUGAUCUCAAGAAGAUUCACAAAGGCCAUAGCAACUAUGGCAAAGCACUGGAUAAGAAUUUCCCCGUCAAAGCCUUACCAAACGAAUACGAUGCUCUCGCAUCCCACCCCUCUCUCAUCAACAGAGCUAUUGCCAUGCAUCUGAUCCGCGAAGGGCAGUUCUCAGUUGCCUCGACAUUCCUAAACGAAGCCCAGGGCCACCCACCACAUCCUGCCCCUACUCCCGGGACCCCGCAUCCCUCCGAAUCUGACGAAGGAGAUUUCUCGCCUCAGAAAUCACAGGAGCUGCAGGCCAAAUUUGAGAACAUGUACCAGAUAUUGCAAGAGUUGAAGGGCCGGAACCUUCACCCGGCCAUCGAAUGGGCACGGAUCAACCGCGAUGAAUUAGAGAAACGGGGCAGUGAUUUGGAAUUUGAACUCAGCAAGCUGCAAUUCGUCUGGUUGUUCCAAGGACCCCAGGUCAAUGGCCUCCCAGACGACAUGAACAACGGUCUACCAGGGGCACUUAAAUAUGCCCGGGAACAUUUUGGAAGUUUCCAAAACCGGUUCCUACGGGACAUCCAACAACUAGCGACAGCCAUGGCAUACAGACCCAACCUCCCAGACUCUCCCUAUUACCGAAUAUUCAACAUCCAAAGCGCAUGGGACGACGUCUCCGCCUCAUUCACGCGCGAGUUCUGCUCGCUCCUCGGUCUCUCCGCCGAAUCCCCACUCUACAUCGCCGCGACAGCCGGCGCCAUCGCCCUCCCCACCCUCCUCAAGCUAGCCUCGAUCGUGAAGGAGAAGCGCACGGAAUGGACCACGCAGGACGAGCUCCCAGUCGAGAUCGCAUUACCGCGCAGCAUGAUCUACCACCCGAUCUUCGUCUGCCCCGUCAGCAAGGAGCAGACCACCGAGGCCAACCCCCCGAUGAUGAUGCCGUGCGGCCACGUCGUCGCCAAGGAGAGCUUGAACCGCCUCAGCAAGGGCGGCAGGUUCAAAUGUCCGUACUGUCCGAAUGAGAGUCAGCCGAAGGACGCGCGCCGGAUCGUGCUGUAGGUAGGAGAUGACCGGGAGGGGGUUAGAUUGUAUUUAAUUUUUUUUUCUCCUUUCCGGAGAACCCCCCGAACAAGACAUGGUGAAAUGCGGGAAUAUAUGUAUGUAAGGCUGGAGUUCUAGGCUGGGGGGCACCGGGAUAGGGGAUUGGGGUAGGACGGGCUGCGGCGAAUUAGGAAUACAUACGAUACGUACCUUACCUUAUUUUUAUUAGAUCCUCUCUUGAUUAUUAUGCAUUUGUUUAAUUCUCAUUCAACUGUUUGUGUUGGUUCUUUAUUACCUACCGUACUGAAGAUAGAGAUGGGAUAUCACACUCAC